GAGGCGGCGGCGGCGGCGGCGGCGGGUCUUCCAAGUCCUCCAGCAAACGCGGUGUGCGGCGGGGCAGCUGGGGGGCGGGGAAAGGCGGGGCUGAGGCUAAGAAUCCCAGGCUGGACUACGGACAGGCGACUCUGCAACUUCUCACUGCCGGGAUCAGUCCAGCUCUGGUUAGUGUUGAGGAAAGGACUGGCCCUGGACAAGAAUACAGUAAGACUUCUGCCGCGCUGCAGAGACCUAGGACCCAGGAGCUGCAGCCCAAGAUCUUAGGCAGUUCCAGGAGCACCAUGCCUCAGGCGAUAGAGGCCCAGCUAACCAUCCAGACAACUGUCCAGGGAGGCCCGGCGGUCAGCAAGAGGGCUGCAUCUGCUGCGAACACUGAGGCACAAUAGCCCGCCGAGUGAGUGCGUAGUCAGGCUCUAUCCAGGACUUCCCGGCCCAAGACCCAACUCCAACCAAAAUAAAUCGCGCAGGCAACAAAAAGCCUUCAUCUGAAUGCCAUGCCAGCAGUGAAAAAGGAGCUCCCGGGCCGCGAGGACCUGGCCCUGGCCCUGGCCACCUUCCACCCGACCCUGGCCACACUGCCGCUGCCACCACUGCCCGCCUACUUGGCGCCUCUGCCCGCUGCAGCAGCCUUGCCCCCGGCCGCCUCUCUGCCCGCCUCAGCUUCGGGCUACGAGGCGCUGCUGGGUCCUUCACUCCGCCCCCCGCGCGCUUACCUUAACCUGCACGAGGCCGCGCCUCAUCUCUACUUGCCCCGAGACCCGCUGGCCUUCGAGCGCUUCUCAGCUACUGCAGCGGCGGCACCGGAUUUCCAGCCGCUGCUAGACAACGGCGAGCCGUGUAUCGAGGUGGAGUGCGGCGCCAACCGCGCGCUGCUCUACGUACGCAAACUCUGCCAGGGCAGUAAGGGCCCGUCCAUCCGACACCGGGGCGAGUGGCUCACACCCAACGAGUUCCAGUUCGUCAGCGGCCGCGAGACCGCCAAGGACUGGAAGCGCAGCAUCCGCCACAAAGGGAAAAGCCUGAAGACGCUUAUGUCCAAGGGGAUCCUGCAAGUGCACCCCCCGAUCUGCGAUUGUCCAGGCUGUAGAAUAUCCUCGCCCGUGAACCGGGGACGUUUGGCCGACAAGAGAACAGUCACUCUGCCCCCUACACAUGCCCUAAAGAAAGAAAGAACCCCCAGUUUCUCAGCCAGUGACGGUGACAGUGAUGGAAGUGGCCCAGCUUGUAGGCAGCAGCCAGGCCUGAAGCAGGAGGAUGAUCCACACGUCCAUAUCAUGAAGAGAAGAGUCCACACCCACUGGGAUGUGAAUAUCUCCUUCAGAGAAACAUCCUGCAGCCAGGACAGCGAUCUCCCCACCCUUAUAUCCAGCGUACAUCAAAGCCACCACCUUGUUAUGCCUGAGCAUCCAAGCCACUGUGACUUCCAGAGAGGCAACGUGGAGAUUGGCCUUGGACCUGCAGGUGAACUGUUGGGCAAGAGACUGGGCUGCUCCUCCUACAUUACUAGUGACUGUUCUUCAGAGAAGAAGGUGCGAAGCAAGUCCCCACAAGAGACUCUGCUGCUUCCAGAGCUGGAGUCUACAAUGGCCCCUGAGGACCACUAUCAUCGGCUCGUGUCAGCCCUGAGUGAGGCUGGCCCCUUUGAGGAAACUCAACGUCUCUACCACCUGGGUAUCCCCAGCCAUGAUCUGCUAAGGGUUCGGCAAGAAGUGGCAGCAGCAACUUUGAGGAGUCCUAGCAGCUUGGAAGUACACCUACCCUCAUCUGCAACAGGUCAUCGUCGGAAGCAAGGCCUAUUUCAGCACCGGGAGGGAACAGUUCCAGCUACUGCCCCGUCCUUCUCUGAAAGGACGGCUCAGGAUGAGAGGUGCUUCCCCCACCCAGUAAUUACCGCUGCAGCCGCCUCCGCCCACAGGGUCAGCGCCUCUGCGCCGCCGGGGAGAUUAAUUGGCGCCGCCAGCUUGGACGGGGGGCAGUGCACGACCCGAAGCCAAAACCAGGGACUCAACGACCGCCCGUGGGGUCGGCAAUUAGAGGCGGCGGCAGGGGGUGCACCCGGAGGCGGUUACAGGAAAGGGGGAGGGUUGCACAGUCGGAACUGGGCCUGUGUUUACUGUUCUGCUGUCCACAGGGAGCUGUCACAGCCACCCCCUUUGCUGUCACCCCAGAAUGCCUCCCACAUCGCCCUGGGCUCCCAUCUCCGACCACCAUUUUUUGGGGUGCCCACAGCUCUGUGUCAGACCCCAGGUUACAGCUUCCUGCCCUCUGCCCAGACUGAGAUUUUAGCACGGCAGCAGGAUCUUCUACGGAAACAGAGCUUAGCUCGGCUGGAGAUGUCGGAGUUGCUUAGGCAGAAAGAACUGGGCAGCUCUCACCGCCCACAACUACUGGCGCCAGAGGUGGCCUUGCAUAUCCCUGAGGGUCCAGAUGAGCUCCAGCGACGUGGCUCCAUGCUGGUUUUGAAACACAGCUCAGGACCACUACUGGCCCUGCCACCCCAGGGACCCCCAGGCCCAGGUCCCCCUACUCCAACCAAGGACUCUGCCCAAAACCAGCCUCAAAACGGGAGUCUUGGUGCUGCCUCAGCCCAGCUCAGUGAACCUAAGGAGAGGACAGGGGCUGGCCUCUGGGCUCAAGAUGUCUCCGAGGAGCCAUCCAAGGAUACAGAUGGAGAGGACCUUGAGACAGCAGCUGCCAGAGGCGAGGCCUCUACUCCCAGACAAGUCCCAGCAGGAGGGACCAGAGCAGAAGGAAAGAGGCCUCUCUCAGGGUCAACGAUGCCCCCUCCACUGCCCCUGGGAUUCCCCUGUGGGGCAGUCAGCCCCUACUUCCACACAGGCACCAUGGGGGGACUCUACAAUGAUGAAACCACAGCCCCUGAGGACGUCAACAAAUGGACUGUAGAUGAUGUCUGCAACUUCGUGGGGGGCCUGUCUGGCUGUGGCGAGUAUGCCAGGGUAUUCAGAGAACAAGGAAUAGAUGGAGAGACUUUGCCUCUACUAACAGAAGAACACCUUCUGAACACUAUGGGACUGAAGCUAGGGCCUGCCCUUAAGAUCAGAGCACAAGUAGCCAAGCGCCUGGGCCGUGUCUUCUACAUGGCCAGUUUCCCUGUGGCCCUUCCGUUGCAGUCAACAAGCCUGCAAGUCCCUGAGCUCAGCCCAGGACAGCAACUCCUGUCCCCAGCAACCACCACAUCUCCAUAUGAGGGGGCCCACCUGCCCACAGGCCGAGCCUCACCCAAGCAGGAGAAUGGGUCAGGGACCACAGAUCUGCUCCCAGGGGCUCCAGAUCCUUCUCAGCUUCUCUAAUGAUCUAGCAGGCAACCAUUAUACACUCCCUGAUGCCCAUCCUCCAGGGUACUUU